AUGUCGUCGCUGAAGCCGGAUGCCGCACGGCCAAACAGUUGCCUGUAUGGCCCUGUAAUGCGGAAAUUUUAUAUUUUGAUCCAUUUUAUAUUGGCGUAUUUUCUGUAAGUUGGCGUCUUUCGUAAGAUCUUUGCUUUUUAGAGUAUAUUUCAUUUUAUUAUCAUUCUACGACGAUGAAUAUAUGCUCGCCGCAAUGCCGAUUAUGUGCAUGAUCAGCUACGUUCUUUUCUACAUUGGAUUUUGUGUUCGACAACAACUAUUCUGCGUCCCAAUUUUUGUGCUUGAUGUGAGUGUAUUAGAGGGAUUUAUGGGUGCAGUAAAAGCCGGGAUGCAAGCGGCAGCCCAAGAUAUUGAAUGCAAAGACCCAAACAUUGCAUAGUGCAAAGCGAACUUCUGUUUUCGCACAGUGCAUAUCGUCAAAGUCGCUCCACCGACCUUACGCACGGACCCGUAUGCUUCCAACGACAAAGCUUCAAAACUUUUUGAACUUUCGCCAGUUUUCCACCUAAAAAUCUCCGUUUUUUCGGCAAAGCGCGAGCUAAAAAUUUCGGAAAGGGAGGACUUCCUGGGUUAUCGUCCGCCUUUUGUGAAUUACGCUGAUCUUUACAACACUUGGUUUCAGCUCAUUUCCAUUCCAUACUUCAUUCUUCUAACCGUUCACUAUUACGAACCAGCGUUUGAAACCGCCUAUUCAAGCGUCAGAACCUACCAUAUCGUCGCAUUCUCUUGCGCCAUCGCAACGGCCCUCCUGAAAUGCACAGUGUUCCCUAUAAUCUACCGCGCCUACUCUCUGCUGCCCUACGACGACGACUUCGAAAUGGGGAUGGAGAUGGCGAUAAUGUCGUUGGUCAGCAUUCUGUUUCCGCUAGUUUUGGCGUGCGCUUUACUGGUGUUUAGCGACGGUGCGGAUCCCAGUGGAUGUGAGGGCUUUUGCCACAACAAUCCCGCACCAGCACAUGUUGAUACUUGCUGUGCGCGUUGCGGGCCAAGAGAAGAGGAGCCGGAAGUAACGCCUGUUCCGGGAUUCACGGGUCUGUCGACGCUUGUAUAA